UGCCAGACGGGGAGCGUGGCAUGGCAGGAAGAGGCUGGGUCUGACUGCCGACUCUGCGCUGACGAGCUCCCUAGAGCCCCCGAGCCGCAGUUCCAAGGAGGACAGGCACGAUGACCGGCCGCCCGCCCCUGGAGCUGUGGCAGCCCCAGGCGGUGUCCAUGCGCGAGCGGCUGGGCAUCGGGGACCAGCCCAACGACUCCUACUGCUACAACUCGGCCAAAAACAGCACCGUGCUGCAGGGGGUCACCUUCGGGGGCGUCCCCACCGUCCUGCUCAUAGACGUCGGUUGCUUCCUGUGUUUAAUUUUGGUGUUUUCCAUCAUAAGAAGGAGAUUCUGGGAUUAUGGCCGCAUUGCCCUGGUGUCAGAAGCAGACAGUGACUCCAGAUUCCAGAGAUUGUCGUCAUCUUCCUCUUUCGGGCAACAAGAUUUUGAAAGCGAGCUGGGAUGCUGCCCCUGGCUGACCGCCAUCUUCCGCCUGCACGAUGACCAGAUCCUGGAGUGGUGUGGGGAGGACGCCAUCCACUACCUGUCCUUCCAGAGACACAUCAUCGUCCUGCUGGUGGUGGUCAGCUGCUUGUCCCUGUGCAUCAUCCUGCCUGUCAACCUCUCGGGUGACUUGCUGGACAAAGACCCUUACAGUUUUGGGAGGACAACGAUAGCAAACCUGCAGACCGACAACGACCUUCUCUGGCUGCACACCAUCUUCGCUGUCCUCUACCUUAUCCUCACUGUGGGCUUCAUGCGGCACCACACCCAGUCCAUCCGGUACAAGGAGGAGAGCCUGGUGAGGCGGACCCUGUUCAUCACGGGCCUUCCCAGAGACACCAAGAAGGAGACCGUGGAGAACCACUUCCGGGACGCGUAUCCCACGUGUGAGGUGUUGGACGUCCAGCUGUGCUACAACGUGGCCAGGCUGCUGUACCUGUGCAAGGAGAGGAAGAAGACGGAGAAGAGCUUGAGCUAUUACACAAACCUGCGGGCGAAGACCGGCCAGUGGACCCUCAUCAACUCCAAGCCCUGCGGCCAAUUCUGCUGCUGCGAAGUGUCGGGGUGUGAGUGGGAGGACGCCGUCGCUUACUACACGCGCCUGAAGGACAGGCUGACCGAGAGGAUCGCGGAGGAGGAGUGCCGGGUCCAGGAGCGUCCGCUGGGGAUGGCCUUCGUCACCUUCCAGGAGAAGUCCAUGGCUACCUACGUCCUGAAAGACUUCAAUGCCUGCAAGUGUCAGAACCUGCAGUGCAAAGGUGAGCCCCAGCCGUCGUCCUGCAGCAGGGAGCUCCGCACCUCCAAGUGGACGGUUGCCUUUGCCACUUACCCCGAGGACAUAUGCUGGAAGAACCUCUCCAUCCAGGGCUUCCGCUGGUGGUUCCAGUGGCUGGGGAUCAACUUCACUCUCUUCGUGGGGCUGUUCUUCCUGACCACGCCCUCCAUCAUCCUGUCCACCAUCGACAAGUUCAACGUCACCAAACCCAUCCAUGAGCUGAACGACCCCAUCAUCAGCCAGUUCUUCCCGACCCUGCUGCUGUGGUCCUUCUCGGCCCUGCUCCCCACCAUCGUGUGUUACUCCACGCUGCUCGAGUCCCACUGGACCAGGUCAGGAGAAAACCGGAUCAUGAUGUCAAAAGUCUACAUAUUCCUGAUCUUCAUGGUGCUGAUCCUGCCGUCCCUCGGCCUCACCAGUCUGGAUUUUUUCUUCCGGUGGCUCUUCGACAAAACUUUCUCAGAGACCUACAUCAGGCUGGAGUGCGUCUUCCUGCCCGACCAGGGCGCCUUCUUUGUGAACUAUGUCAUCGCCUCGGCCUUCAUCGGCAACGGGAUGGAGCUGCUCCGGCUGCCCGGCCUCGUCCUCUACACCUUCCGCAUGUUCAUGGCCAAGACGGCGGCUGACCGCAGGAACGUCAAGCAGAACCAGGCGUUCCAGUAUGAGUUCGGGGCCAUGUACGCAUGGAUGCUGUGUGUCUUCACUGUCAUCAUGGCCUAUAGCAUCACCUGUCCCAUCAUCGCGCCGUUUGGCCUCGUCUACACCCUGCUCAAGCACAUGGUGGACCGGCACAACCUCUACUUUGCCUACCUCCCGGCCAAGCUGGAGAAGAGGAUCCACGUGGCGGCCGUGAACCAGGCCUUGGCCGCUCCCAUCUUGUGCCUAUUCUGGCUCUGUUUCUUCUCCUUCCUGCGCCUGGGCCUGAAGGCCCCCCUCACCCUGUUCACCCUCCUCGUCGUGUUGCUCACCAUCGUGGUGUGUGUGGCCUACACCUGCUUCGGAUGUUUCAAGCACCUCAGCCCUCUGAGCUACAAGACGGAGGACUCGGGGAGUGGCAGAGGAAGUGAGGCCGAGGCCCCCAGGCCAGCACCCUUCACGCCCUACAUGCCCCGGAUUCUGAACGGCUUGUCCUCAGAGAGAACAGCCCUGUCCCCACAGCAGCAGCAGACCUACGGUGCCAUCCACAGCAUCAGCGGGACCGUCCCUGGGCAGUGCCCAGCCCGGGACCCCGGGGACAGUGAGAGCGGGGCGCCUGCCUACCAGGAGGCCUGAGGGCGGCCGGGCCAGGCUCAGAGCUGGAAAGGAGACCCAGGUGGGAAAGCGGCUUGACUCAGGCCCCAGCCGAGCCCAGGACGACGUGCCAUCCGUUUUAAGCACAAGUGCUCUUGAGAGCUGGAACGGGAAAGGUGCUCCUGCCCUUGGCCGAGGACGACAGGCUGGGACUUCCCGGGUGGUGAGCGGCGGCCUCUCUGGUCAUAGCCGCGGGGUAGCAGGUACAAGGGAGAGUGGAACAGUGGAGAAGCCCCCCUCGGAGCCCCCAGCUCUGGGCACACAACCAGCGGAUGACCAAAGAGCCCGCGGCAGAUCCAGGCUGGAGAUGGGAUCCAGAUGAUGGCUGGGGUUCAUUCCAGCUCCCCCCUCUCCAAAUCCAGCCCUCCCCCUCCGAUCCUGGAGUCCACAGGGAGGCAGUGGGCCAGUCCGGGUGGGGUGGACUGUGACCCGGGCUGGAAGGACAGGUGGCCCCUUCCUUUUUCUCCCUGCUGGGACGGGGACUGGCAGCCUCCCAUUGCCUCCAGGGGGUGCCAGAGACACACGGGGCCAGGUGGGGUGUGGACCAGGCCCCCUGCAACCCACCCCAGCCUCACCCAGCCUCAGGCCCUGCUCCCUGCUCUGAGCUGCCCAGGACACUGGGAGGGGUAGACCGUCCUGGUGGCCCACAGGCCUGUCCCGCCCUUCCCAGCAAGGGUCCUUGAGCGGGGUGCCCUCCCCAGCCCAGACCGCAGACUGGCCAGCUGCCCGGGUGGGGGGCACCCCUGUGGGAUUGGGGCAUGCCCAUGUCACCUGGCUCCAGCCACUCUUAGGAAUAAAAUCAAUCAUUUAUCACUGA